AUGUCUCGUGUGAAUUGCUCAACGCGGUGCGACCGAAUCUUCAGAGCACAGGUCCAGGGCGAAACCUACGACAACCAGGUGAACCAGGAUACGGGUAGAACAACCCGAGAACACGCGCCUAAGCAGAAGACAACGUAG